AGCAAGUCAGGCGGCAGCCGCGCGCAGACACGCGUGAAGGGAAGGGACACCCUCCACUUGAAAAACAAUUUCGGGACUCCAGGAUUAGAAGCGCCACGUCUAUUGAGUUUGUGUGUUUUGCGCGGAGGGAGCUGUUUUCUUUUUUUUUUCUUUAAUUCCCCCAUACCUUCAUUUUAAUUUUAUUCCGUUUGUGCGUGGUUUUUUUUCCUUCUUCUUUCCCGUGGACUGACAGAGGAGUUCUUCUCGUGGACAUGGGGAGAAGUGGACUAGUAGGACGCGGGCGGUGGAUGUGCGCCACGCCGGGCGCCUUCCUCUUCCUCCUGGGGUUCGUCCACGCAGGAUUCGGCCAAGUUCGAGACGACGACGACUUCCUGAGCUUGAGCGAACUGCCAGAGACGUUCCCGUCCGACCCUCCGGAGCCGUUGCCGCACUUCUUGUUCGAACCUGACGAGGGUUACAUUGUCAAGAACAAGCCGGUCAACCUCUACUGCAAGGCAACCCCCGCCACGCAAAUCUACUUCAAAUGCAACAGCGAGUGGGUCCACCAGAAGGACCACACCGUGGAGGAACGUGUGGACGAGAACUCAGGUCUGGUGGUACGGGAAACCAGCAUAGAAAUUACCCGGCAGCAGGUCGAAGAGCUGUUCGGCCCGGAAGAUUACUGGUGUCAGUGCGUCGCGUGGAGCUCUGCCGGAACCACCAAAAGUCGCAAAGCCUACGUACGCAUCGCAUAUCUGAAAAAGUCCUUCGAACAGGAGCCACUCGGCAAGGAGGUGUCCCUUGAGCAGGAGGUGCUUUUGCAGUGUCGCCCACCUGAGGGCAUACCAGCGGCAGAGGUGGAGUGGCUGAAAAAUGAAGAGAUCAUCGACCCGGCGGAGGACAGAAACUUCUACAUCACCAUCGACCACAACCUGAUCAUCAAGCAAGCACGGCUGUCGGACACGGCCAACUACACGUGCGUGGCCAAAAACAUCGUGGCCAAGCGGCGCAGCACGACCGCCACCGUCAUUGUUUACGUCAAUGGCGGCUGGUCGACGUGGACAGAAUGGUCGGUGUGCAACAGCCGCUGCGGGCGAGGCUUCCAGAAACGAACACGCAGCUGUACAAACCCCGCCCCUCUAAAUGGCGGACUGCCUUGUGAUGGACAGGCCAUCCAGAAACUGCCUUGUACCUCCUUGUGCACCGUGGAUGGUGAGUGGACCGAAUGGAGUAAAUGGUCGGCCUGCGGGACGGAGUGCACCCAAUGGAGGAGGCGUGAGUGCAACAACCCGGCACCCAAAAACGGGGGGAAGGACUGCGAGGGUCUGGUACUUCACUCCCAGAACUGCACCGACGGGCUCUGUAUGCAAACGGCUCCAAGCACCGACGACGUGGCUCUCUACGUGGGCGUGGUCAUCGCCGUCAUCAUGUGCCUGGUCAUCUCUGUCAUCGUGGCGCUCUUCGUGUACCGCAAAACACACCGCGACUUCGACUCGGACAUCAUCGACACGUCGGCGCUCAACGGAGGCUUCCAGCCGGUCAACAUCAAGACGACCAGAUCAGCUGAUCUAUUUUCAGCCCCUCCCGAUUUGACAAAUGCCGCCACCGUGUACAGCGGUCCCGCAUAUGUCCUCCGCCACGUGUCCGAUAAAAUCCCAAUGACCAACUCUCCACUCUUAGAGCCCCUUCCCAACCUGAAGAUCAAGGUGUACAACUCCUCCGGUCUCGUCACGCCGCAAGACGACCUCGGAGGAGACUUCACGUCCAAGCUCUCCCCUAAGUUGACCCAGUCCCUGCUGGAAAACAGCGACACGAUGAACCUUCGUAACCAGAGCUUGGCGCGUACUCGAGACCCUUCAUGCACCGCUCAUGGAUCCUUCAACAAUCAGGGAGGACACCUCAUUGUGCCAAACUCUGGAGUGAGUCUGCUGGUUCCGGCGGGCGCGGUCCCCCAGGGCCGGGUCUACGAGAUGUAUGUGACGGUGCACAGGAAGGACAGCUCCAGACCCCCGUUGGAGGACGUGCAGACUGUGCUGAGUCCGGUGGUGAGCUGCGGGCCUCUGGGAGCGCUGCUGACCAGACCAGUCAUCCUCACCAUCCACCAUUGUGCUGACAACGUCCACGAAGACUGGCUCAUACAGCUAAAAAACCAACUGACCAUGGGCGAAUGGGAGGAUGUUGUGGUGGUGGGCGAGGAGAACUUCACCACCCCCUGCUACGUGCAGAUGGACUCAGAGGCCUGUCACAUCCUCACCGAGACUCUGGGCACAUACUGCCUGGUGGGGCAGUCGGUGGGCAAGGCGGCCGCCAAGAGGCUGAAGCUGGCUGUCUUUGGCCCGGUUUCCUGCACCACGCUGGACUACCACAUCAGGGUUUACUGUCUGGACGACACGCAGGAUGCACUCAAGGAGGUUCUUCAGAUGGAGACCCAAAUGGGAGGCAAGCUCCUGGACGAGCCCAAAACCCUCAACUUUAAGGACAGCACGCACAACCUGAGACUGUCCAUCCACGACGUGCCGCACCCGCACUGGAAGAGCAAACUCAUCGCCAAAUAUCAGGAGAUCCCCUUCUACCAGGUGUGGAACGGAAACCAGAGGAGCCUCCACUGCACCUUCACGCUCGAGAGGAUGAGCCCGGCCGUCACCGAGGUCGGCUGCAGGUUGUGUGUCAGGCAGGUGGAGGGCGAGGGUCAGAUCUUCCAGCUCAGCAACACCCUGGAGGAAGAGCUCCAGUGCAUAGACACGUCCCUGAUGGACCCGGCCAGCAACAUCACCACCUUAGUGGGGCCCAACGCCUUCCGCAUCCCCUUGUCCAUCAGACACAAGCUGUGCGGAAGUCUGGACGCGCCGCAGACGCGAGGCAACGACUGGAGAAUGCUGGCCCACAAGCUCAACCUGGACAGGUACCUGAACUACUUCGCCACCAAGUCCAGUCCAACGGGCGUCAUCUUGGACCUGUGGGAGGCCCAGCACUUUCCUGACGGGGACCUCAACGAACUGGCCGCCGUGCUUGAAGAGAUGGGUCGUCACGAUGGCAACUUCUGCUCAAUGACUGUGGAACACUGACCGGGCCAGGUGACCGACGAUAUGGACAAAAUGGCGACCAGGCCAGGCUAACGGAAGGAUAGGUAGCGCGGUGACCCCAACACGGACAAACAAACAAACUAAAAUGCUUUGGGGACUUUCUACACUGUCAAGAACAAACUCAACUAGUGGUGUUACUUAAAAGUGGCGUCCGAUGUAGUGGGCUAACAAAAUGAGCUAAGGAAGUAGAUUAAAGGAAAGCCUUAGCGACAGUUGCUCACUGUUUGUGGGCAUAAAUGAAAGAUAGCUUGAAAAAGUGCAUUUCUGAAGUGUUUGUAUGACUUUUCCCAAUCAGGAACAAACUAAACUAGUGAAGUUUCUGAAGAGUGGCAUCAUAUGUAAUGGGCUAACAAAAAAAGCUGACAACAGAGACUGCGAGAACGAAUUAGCGACAGUUGCUUAACGCUAGCGAUCAGAAGCAGAAGUUUAAAAAAAUGCUUUUGGGAGUCUUUGUCUGUUCUUUGCUUCUUGGGAACAAACUAAACUAGCAAUGUCACUGAAAGACUGAAACAAAAUGAGCUAAAGAUGGAUUGAGUGAAAGGAUCGGUGAUAGUUGUUAACUGAUAGCAAGCGUAAGUGGAAGACAACAAUAACAAAAAAAGAAACCGCUUUUGGGAGUGUUUGAAUUACUCGUUUCCUUUUCUGAUCCAACUCUAGUUGUGAUGUCACUGAAAGGUGGCCUCAGAUGUCGUGGGUUAGCAAAACAAGACAAGGAUGUAGAUUGAGAAAAUGUGUUUGUGACGCUUGCGAAACCGAUAGUCAGCUUACAUAGACUACGUAUAGCUGAAAAGUUUUGGAAAUUUUUUAUUAUUAUUAUUAUUAUUCCUUUUUUCCCAUCUCAUGAUGUUACUUAAAAGUGGCAACCUCUGUUGCGGGUUCACAAAAUGAGCUAAGGACAAAGAUUGAGAGAAAGCGUUAGCGAAAUUUGCUAAAUGUAAGAACUUGAAAAAUGGCCAGGAAGCAUUUAGUUGACUUUUUACUCUUCAAGAACAAAACAAACUAAAGUUUGAGCCAAAGAAUUUGAAACUUUUGUUUACCAAUAGCAGACGUAAACAGAAGAUAGCUCAAAAAUUUGAAUUCAAAUAAAAGGGCAAGUGAUGAAAGGACCCCAGGAAUCAGAGGCACAGUCCAAUAGCAACUGUAAAUCAAUGGUCCUGCAUAGCAACAGGCCCCUCCCAUCAGCUCACCCCCAGUUGGAUGAUGUCAUCAUUCAGCUGUUUUGCAAGACAGACGGGAAAAAAGUGCAGAUGUAUUUAGAUGAGCAGGAUUUAUUUUUAUGUGUACAUGCGAAAAGAAGAUUCUCCCUAAUUAUUAGUAGAAUUUUUAUUUAUGAUACUAAUUAUUUUUAAUGAAUGAAUGCAAGCCAUGGCAAGAGAACUCAUGAUUUACAACUGCAGUAAGCAGUAUUAUUUUUCAUAAUGACUAACAACCAGCAAGGGGUAAAAAAAAAUAAAAAAUGUAAAAAAAUAAAAUGCUGCAGCAUAUGCACCACGAUUGAUAAGACUCGCUCCCCCCCCCUUUUUUUUUUUUUUUCGUUUUCAAACACAUCAUAUACAUAUUCAUGCGGUCGGAGCGUCUCCGGUGUAGUGUGACGUCACCACCAUGACUUUGUUGAUCUGUAGCGCCAUCAAGUGGCCUUUUUUAAUACUGUGUUUUUAUUUCGGUGAAUUGUGUAAAUACAUGAUUAUUGUACGUAUUCAUUACUGUUUUAUUUGAGCUCCUCGUUAAUGAUCAUUGUUAUGUUUGCUGUAUCAUAAGAAUUACCAUAAUCCUUUAGGUUUGUACAAACACUUCUGAUCCCCUAAUCCUAUUUGGACUAUUAUUUUUUUUUUUAUAUGCAGAACAUGUUGAUUUUUGUUUUAUCCAGAAAAAAAAUAUAGAUUUUGAGAUGUAAUUCUCAAAGCACAAACAUAGCUUUUUUUAUUAUUAUUUGGUUGACCCAAAAGAUAUGUUUGAAAAAUCGGGAUUAUUUUUUCCCCCGAAAUGUAUUAUUUAAGGUAAUAAAAAUAGAGAAUUUGUAAACAUCA